UUUAUGUGGUUAAAUUUAGGUUUAAGAUAAACUUAUUUUUGUUAUCGUUAUUGUUACUUUGUGGUUACUCUUUGGAGGGUUUCGUGUGAUAUUUGCGCAGGAUAUCAUGAUGUACAGCUGCCACAGCGCCGUUUCCAGUGUCCCUUUCUUCAGCGAUCUGCCUUUGGAUGUGAUGGUUCGCAUCGUCCUCUGCCUGCGAAAUGAGAUCUUCAUGGAGAACGAAGUUGUGGUGCAAGCGGGCACGACUGGCAAUUCCAUGUACUUCAUUGCCGCAGGGACGGUCGUCGUCUUUUCUGCCAGUGGCAAUGAGAUUUGCCACCUGCAAGACGGCGCCUUCUUCGGGGAGAUCGCGAUGCUGUCGGGCGACGAGACGCGCAUCGCGAGCGUGGUGGCCGUGGAGACGUGCGAGCUGUACUGCCUGGACCGCGACGACUUCCUGAGCACGGUGGCCGCGCACCCGGACCUGCUCAAGCGCAUGGAGGAGACGGCAUUGUACCGCCUCGACCAGACAGAUACCUGUGGUGUAAUUCGUUGCAGAAGGAGUGUCAUCAAGAUCAUGCUGUGUGUCAUUCACAAGUGGAACAUCCCUUCGUUCUUCACUCUUCUUAUCUUCGUCUUCAACCACAUUGUGUGCUGCACCUUUAAUGGGUCAGAAUAGAUGUAUUCAUUGCAAACUACGAGGUGCAUCCAGAAAGUAAGUUUCUCUUGGCC